AUGCAAUGGCAGUUAUCCGGUAUUCUCUAUCGCAUCGAAGCAAAUGUGUUCCUUUCGAAGUACAGUCUGCAUUUGCACAGCAAUUCUGGACGGGACUGCAAUGUUUUCUCCUCAGAGAUUCGAAAAUGCUCUCAAAAUGUUACAAGACCCAUAAAUAAAGAAACAGGUCCAUCGUCCAUAACAAUUUAUGACAAGAACGGCGUUGUUGUGCUCAGAUGGAAUAUCUCAACAGAGCCAGAAGCACAGGCGAAAUCCGGCUCCGCAAGUCACAUCAUCCCAAAAUCCCAAUGGAAUCGUCCACCUAUUUUUUGGAGGAGACGGAAGCGAAACGCUAAUCGCGGCUUGGUGACUACCUGCUACUGCAGGUUGAACAAACCGCGCUAG